AAGCUGGAUCCUGUAGCCGCCGGCUGGCCACCGUGCCUAAGAAUCAUUGCAGCAACCGCGCUCUUAGUCAAGGAUGCUGACAAACUGACCCUGGGGCAGGAGAUCUGGAUCACAACCCCGCAUGCCAUUGAAGGGAUCCUAAAACAGCCUCCUGAUAGAUGGAUGAGCAAUGCUCGCAUGACCCACUAUCAAAGCUUGCUGCUCAACCCCCCUAGAGUGCGGUUCCUUCCCAGUGCGGCCCUCAACCCUGCUACCCUGCUACCUGACCCUGACCUAGAUGCCCCACUACAUGACUGUGCGGGAAUCCUGGAGCAGGUACAUGGACUUCGGAAGGACUUGACCGAUCGGCCCCUCCCGGAUGCAGAGGCCACCUGGUUCACGGAUGGAAGCAGCUUCGUGCGGAACGGGUGCAGCUCAUGUUCACGGGGCAAUCUACCAGGAGAGAGGGCUGUUGACAGCAGAGGGACGGACAAUAAAAAAUAAGCAGGAAAUCCUCGACCUGCUCUCAGCCUUAUGGCUUCCUGCCAAGUUAGCCAUAAUCCACUGCCAGGGACACCAAAAAGCCAAUGACCUGGUAGCUAAAGGCAACCAAAAGGCUGACGAGGCUGCAAAGGCAGUAGCCCUUACCUCGGUCCCUACCAUGGCCUUACAACUACCAGACCCAGGGGACCCAGUCCUACCAGACCAGCCCAAGUACUCCCAGGAGGAGUUGCAACGUAUCAAAAAGCUCCCUAAAGCCCAGGAAAUAAAGGGAUGGUGGCAUACACCAGAAGGAGAACUUAUACUGCCGGACUGGCUCGGGGACACGAUAUUAAAACAUAUGCACCAAUCCACUCACCUGGGAGCCCGGAAAAUGAAGGACUUAAUCCAACAUGCUAGGAUCAAAAUUCACCAGCAGAAUACCAAGAUAGACCAGGUUGUGUCAGCCUGCAAGACCUGUCAACUCACAAACGCAAGGGUUGGAUCAAAUAAAGAAGGAACCAGGCUCAGAGGCACCAAACCUGGAGCACAAUGGGAGGUCGACUUCACUGAAAUUAAACCAGGGAAGUAUGGUUAUAAAUAUCUUUUAGUAUUUAUAGAUACCUUCUCUGGCUGGGUAGAAGCAUACCCAACCAAGCGUGAAACAGCUCAGACGGUGGCCAAGAAGCUGCUGGAAGACAUCUUACCCAGAGGGCUCCAGAGGGCACACGAGGACAUUUGGCCACGCCUUCGCGCCAUCUAUGAGACCAGCCCAAUUCCAACUCCUCAUCAACACAGACCAGGAGAUUGGGUCUACGUCAAAAGGCAUCAUCAAGAAACUCUUGAGCCACGUUGGAAGGGUCCCUACACUGUGGUGCUAACGACCCCACUGCUCUCAAGGUAGACGGCGUCGCGACCUGGAUCCAUCACACUCACGUCCGGUCAGCGGACCCAUCCACGGUCCAAAAAGACUUCAUCACCAAAUGGAACGUCGAAAGAGAUCAACGCAACCCACUGAAGCUCAAGCUACGGCGUGCUCCACCUGCCUGAUGCUGGUGACGUAACUCGCGAUCACUCCUGUCGCCAGGAGCCCCCACAAUAGACUUAGAUGAUGCCUGCAUCUGCAUGGACAUGACUCCAAAGAGACAGGGACAAUUUAUAGAAAAAUCGGGGAU